UUUUUUGGGGUGUAACUUUCACUUUAUUAAUAUAAAUGCAAUGCACUUAAAAGGGUGUUUGAUGAGGUGAUGAUGGGAAGAUAUAAAAAAGUUUGGAAGCCCUUUGUUCAGCCCCGGUGUUUUUGUGUUUGUUCAGUGAGCUCAGCCUGCAUGUGGCGGCGGCAUGUCCACGCAUUGUUCCCGAGGAUCCAGGAGAAAAAGUCCAUUGUUGUUGGGAACUUUUUAAUCUGGGGAUUUAAAGCACAUCACAUGCUCAGACUGGGCAGCGGGGCGCGCAACAGGCGAAACCACCGCAAACAGCGGCCGUGUGGGAAGGAGAGCGUUCAUCCUGGAGGGACACACGACUACUUUGAAUAGUGUGUGUGUGUGUGUGCGGUGCCAGCGCACUUUAUGGGAGUGUAGGAUCGCCGGGGAGAUUGUUUUCGAAGCGGAUGCAAAGUUUUUACGCGCUGGAACCAGAUUCUGGACCAAGAUGACGCACAAGUACAGCCAGCGGUCCCUCAUCGUCCUGUCUCUGCUGGGGAUUUUAUCCGCCAUCAUGUCGGUGCUGUCGGUCAUUUUGAUUUUCCAGCUCCAGUCGCAGCAGGCGUCGGUGAAGGAGUCUCCCCCCUCCACCUCGGCGGUCAUCCCGGCCCAUGUGUGGGCUGUGCUGCUGCCGGUGUCCACGGUGCUGUCCGCCCUGUCCCUCACCCUGAACCUCAGCUCCGUGUCGGUGUGUCUCCUGCACAGCUACUUCUCCACUGAGGUCUGCAGAGGAGAGCAGGACACCGACAGAGCAGACUGGUUCCUCUUGGACAGCAGAGCUGUGCGACAUGUGGCUAUUGGACUCUUCUGCCUGGGGGUCUCUGUCUACUUAGCAGCAAUGUCCAUUUUCAUGCUCCUGAUAUUUGAGGUGGAAACAGGCAUUGCCAGUGCUUGUGUCCUCUCUUCAGGGAUCCUAGUCCUGCUGGUCAUUGUAAUCCACUCUCUGGUCAAAGCUUCCCGAAGUUCUAAACGCUAUCAAGGCGACCACCUCGACACCCUCUACCAGAACGACCAUGGGAGCAGCAGCACGCCUGUAUCUCGUCCCUGUGAGCUCAAAAUUGGCGUGGACAAACCACGGAUGCACCGCACCCAGUCUCACCUCCAACAUCAGUUCGCCUACCCUCAAUUGGGCCACCCGAGACAGCAAGAACAAUACCAGCCGCAGCAGCAGUACUCCCCUGCUCAAGGCUCACAGGGACAUGCUAGCGACAAAGAUGGCUACAGCAGCAGUGGCAGCGGUCCCCGGAUGCACAGGACCCUGUCGACUGAAUCAGGUUUGUUGCAGGCCCAGGCAAAACCCUGGAAUGGGGUCAACAACGAGAUGAGGAGUGUCCUUGCACGCAAGUCUGGGAUUUCUGCAAAAGACUCUACCCUUGUUUGACAGUAAGGAAGCUCACCCUCUGAUUUAACAAUAUGAUUUAAGACACUGGUGACUUUCAUGUACAAUUUUUCAAAAGGGGAAUGUGAACACAAGAGUCAUCUCAAACAGACGAAGAACUUUCAAUCUGUAUUAUAAACACAUGUUUAUUCUGAUUGAUUACAGACAACAUGCGACUGAGAUUGAAAAAAAUAUACUUCACUAUUAUCAACUGAUUUCUCAUGCUGGUAUUAGAAUUUGUUGAAAAACAUAUUGAGCAUAUUUUGUAUAAUUUGAAGUAUUUUGUAUCUUUGAACUUGAUUUAAAUUCAUUGCGAUUAUGUAAAUACUUUAUUUUGCUGUAUAUUGUAGCUUUUGCCAAAUAUCUGUCCACAAUGUGCAGAUGUGUUUUGUUUUUGUCUUAAAUCAAAUAUGUAAAAUAUAAUUCAAUUUCAAAGUAGAAUGAUUUUUGCAUUUAAAUAAGACAUUAAAACAAUGUUCACGAAAUCUGAAAAGGUCGUUUUACUGCAUGUUUGACUUUCUGGCUGACAAAAUGUCUCGCAUUGAAAUAUAGGCCUAAGUUUGAUCUUGUCAUGUCUGGAGGAACUACUAACCUUGAACACCUCUGUUCAGAGGUCAUGAGGAAGAGGGUGGGGCAUGUAGAGCAGAGACAAGGGGACUGGGAGGGGGGGUCACAUCAUGACAGCUGCAUGCAAGUGUCAUUGGGAGGGGAAAAAGGCACAGACAAACACAACAGAAAAUAUGAAGCUCCCAUUAACUACAAAGAGUUCAGAACAGGCCUGAAGAAUACUUUGCAGCUAUUGGGGGGAUAAAGUGCAAAUAAACAAGUCAUAAUAGCAGAUGUCCCAAAAUAUCAACAAAAAUAAAUUAUUAUAAAAUAUUGAUUAGAUAAUACGAACAGAAAAAAAGGUUAUACAGGAACAAAGCUAUGAUGUGGAAUAAAGAAUGAAGUGGACAUUUUUGUAGGGGUGGACGAUCCGGCAAAGACUUAUUUUCUACAAGUGUGUGACUUUUUUAUCCAUUGACGGUAAUUGUGUUUGUGACUAUGUUUGGUCUGCAAAGAUAACUGUGCAUGAAAACCACCUUUGAAGAUAACCACCCGUUUGGCAAAGUGAGCAAAGCACUGAUAUUAUCGAGGCACUUGGAGAGAUUGUGCGCAUUUUGUAGAAAUAGGUGUUUUGUAGAGAUAUGUAUUAUUACUGCUGUCAUAUAUCAUCAAGGUUUCAAAUAUUCACACACACCGAAACCUCUACACUCUGGAGAACACCGUGUCUGUGUAUUCUCAAUGGUCACUGCUGCCUCCUACCUGCGUCCUUGAGAGUUGUUUAUCUGUUCCUUCAAGCUGAUGGCUUGAC